AUGGUUGAAAUUGAUCGAGAUUUUCCGAAAAAAUGGCCCUAUGGAAUACUUAAAACUGUCCAAUGGCUUGGAUCAUUAGUACUUCUGAUAACUCUACUUUCAUCGCCGUUCGCAUUUGGUGGUACUGGAUUUGUUUUAUUUUGUGGCAGUACAAUGUUUCUUGUCGGUUUGCUUUCAUGGAUUGCACAUUUGUUAUCAUUUCAGCGCCGUACAUUUACUGUUGGCCAGAUGGCAGCAUUCAUACCUUUUGCAUUUUUGGAUUUUAUAUAUUCUGCGCUAUUCUUUAUUCUUUUCGGCAUUUCUGCAUUAAUCUGCUUCGUGAGUAUUUUCCUUUCAAUCGGUUACACAGCAAGCUUGUUUUUUGCUUAUUUAUUCGCUACGCUUUUUUGCCUUCUUGUUGGUGCGACUUGUGGAUAUAUUGCUAUAUUAUUGUACAGAGCGACUCCGAAUGGACUAAUUAUAAAUUUGCGUUCAGUAAUUAUCGAAGGUGACAAAACAACCAUAUUUAAUCCAGGCGGACAGCCAAAUGUGGGGAAUCCUUCGGCUGGCAACUAUCCUCAAGGGAAUCCAGUAUAA